AUGGAGCCAUCGCCGCCACCCAAAUCCAAGAGCACCACCACACCGCCGCCGCCUCCGCCGCCACUCCUCCGCCGCUUAGUAACUCUCGACCCGACGCCCUCCCCACCCCUCCCUCUCCCCCAUCUACAUGUCCUCGCCAAACCUUUCCUUCCCCACUUCAUCCUUCUCCUCCUCGAAAUCUCCGCCGACUUCCGCUUCUUCUUUCCCCUCUCCCUCUCCCUCCUCGUCGCCCCAACCCUAACCCUAACCCCAUCCCCAAUCCAAAUCCCAGGCCCAGGCACAAGCCUAAGCCCAAUUCAAAUCCUUCGCCCUCUCCUCUCCCAGCUCAUCCUCGGCCUCCUCCUCGACCUCGCCCUCAUCGGCCUAAUCAAGCUCCUCUUCCGCCGCGCCCGCCCUCUCUACAACAAGAACAUGAACGUCGCCGUUUCGGUCGACCACUUCUCCUUCCCCAGCGGACACGCCUCCAGGGUCUGCUUCGUCGCCGCCCUUCUCCACCUCUCCGCCGCAGCCCUCGCCGAUGCCCUCGCGCUCCUCCGGCCAACGUCUCCGUUCAUUGACCGCUGGAUCGGCGCGGACCCGGUCAGCGCCAUUAGUGUUUUGGUCUUGGUUGCUUGGACCUGGGCCUACGCCACCUCCUUCUCUAGGAUUGUGCUGGGCAGGCAUUUCGUCACCGACGUUUGUGCUGGGGCGUGUUUGGGCAUGUUUGAGGGUCUCGUUGCGUUUCGCUUCCUCAGAUUUUAAGGACUUUCCCUGACUGGAGCAGCCUGAAUAUUGAUGAUCUCCUGUGGAAAUCUGCUGCUGUCAGAAAUCUGUUUUAUUUGACCGCAGUUCUGGCUCGAAGGCAAUGUGGUGAAAAUAAUUUCUCAGGGUUUGGGAUACUCCUUUUCCUUUGUGAUGACCCUCGUUGGAUAUGGAACUGGUUUAGCUGUCGACGAUUAUUUUAUUUUCUGUGCUGCACAGCUGGAUUGAUCGUCCAUUAACGUCAUUUUGAUUGUGGAAAGUAGAUGAAAAUAAAGAUAUUCUUGCACCAUGUAGAGGAGAUUUCCUCCGCAACUCUAUGCAAGGGGCAGUAGCAGUAGCAUCCAGAUGUACUGAGAAUUUUAUUGAGUUCAGCUGAUGAAAUAUAUGCUGGCAAAUUCUGUGCUUCUUCUGUGGUAUUUUCCAUGCUUCACUGGUUCCCACUAUUCUUUCACUGGAUCUAUUCAGUACUGUAUUUCUCCAAAUGUAUUAAGCUCUGUAUUUCUGUGAUUCAACUGCAUUGGAAUUUAGCUUGUCUCAGAAUCAAAAAACUCUGUUUAGAGGAAAAUAACAGUUAGUUUGCUCAAUCGUCUACAAAGUAUGUGCUUUAAUUAUUUUUGUGAUAAGAUUUAUUCGAUCAGGUCUAGUUGAUUGACUGAUUGAUUGACUGCUAUUCAUUUCUUUGAACAAGAAAUCAAUCAAAAACUUGGAAGAUUAGUGCUGACAAUUAUUGUUAUAGUUUGGUGAUUGCAUAAUUGCAGUAGCAUGCAUCCAAGAUGGAAAUGGUGGGAUAAGAAGUGGAAUAUAACCUGUUACCCCAAAGGGAAUUGAAAGGAUCUUACUUUUGAAGAAGGCAUAAAUCCUCUUUUAGGACCCAUUUCCCCCCUCAUUUCCCUUCCUAAC